AUGGCCGUGUGCGCUCGGUGCCGCCGCGUGUCACCGUCCUCCGGUGACACCUGGUGCCUCGCCUGCAGUGCCUGGGAGGCCAUUGGGAACGAGCUCUCGUUCUCUUGGAGCCACCCAGGCCUGCGGGCGGUGGCUACAGACCUGGUGGUCUCGGCCGUGCGCCAGGUCCGGGCCUUGCGGGAGAAGAAGGGAGCCGCCCCGCAGCCUCUCGAGAAGGACGAGGAGAAGGAGCAGGACUCGUCUGAGUCCGACGAGGAAGAGGAGGAAUCGGAGGCGGCCUCGGACAAGACCAUCUUGGUCGACCCCUUGUUGCCACCUGCGACUGCGGCCCCAGGUACUUCAGGAAAGGCGAAACCUCCAGUUCCCCCCAAAGGAGUGGCGGAGAGGAUCAAGACUGAGGAGAAGGCAGAUUACGGAGAAGAAGAACAGGCUGGUGGCAGCACCGUGCCUGAAGGUUCCAGACACCGUCGUCGACAUCGACAUCGAUCCAGUCAGCCAUCAAGGCCGGAGCGGAAGGACGACAAGUCCAACAGGAAGCGCAAACACAGGAAUCCAAAACACAGAGCGGGGCGCAAACACAAGCGUCUCUACAGGGCCGAGCGUGACCCUUACCUCAAGAUUCACCGGAAGCUGGACGAGAGCGAGGCAGAGGUGGAACUGGUAGGUGCUGGAGGCGCCUAUGGGCUGUUCGAUGUGAACGAGCCUGCCAGAUGGUCCGCCUUGGAGAUAAAGUUGGGAGAUAUUAUAACUACGGCAGUUCCGGGCGAGCUGUUGGGAGCCGAUGGGGUGGAAGGCAUCUUCCUGGUCACAGGUAUAGAACUGGGCGCCGAUGGAAGUGCCCUGGUCAGGGUAAAGUCGGUAGGAAGCUCACAUCCAGAAGCUUCCUUUUUCAACCGGAAGGAGGGACACCUUCACGUGUGCGCAAGUGCAGGUUUUUGCGGAGAAGAGGGCGGUGUUUUCCAUGUUCAACGGUUGGAGCUGUGGGAUGGACUCACAUUUCCGACGCACCGCCUGUCACCCGCAGGGAAGCGCAUGGUGAAACAAUUCGAGGCUGGAGAGGAGCUGGACGAGGUGAGAGAGCCCUUGGAAGGUGCCGCUGGCAGACCCUCUGCUUUGAGGAAGAAGCCGAGCGGGGAACCCAAAGAGGCUCAACUGCGAGGAAAAGGUCAGGGAGAUCGUCGAGACCGCCCCAAAGGACAUCAGGAAGUCGGCAAAAGCGAAGCAACCUGGUCCCGCUGGCACGGCUGCCGGGACGCUCAGGGCCAGGAAGGAUUGGGCACAUCUACGAAGUUGGGACCCCCGAAGGGGGCAGCUGGCCCUCGCCGUGCUGCCCUGACCAGUGGAGAAGGCCAUGGGGAGGAGCAAAGAGAAGAUAUUUUGAAGCCCUUGAGGAUGAUGAGCAAGAAGUCGAAUGUGGCCUCCUCUCUGGCGCUACAAGCAGCCAGGACCUCCAAGUCGAAGGAUGGAAAGAAAAAGAAGAAGAAGAAGAAGAAGAAGCAAAAGGCAGUGGAGGCACUGCAGACGAUAUUUGGGGGAGGAAAGAAAAAGAAAAAGAAAAAGAAGAAGCGAAAGAGAGAAGGAGGCGACCCAAGUGGAUCAAGUCCCUCGUCAGACGAGGGGGACAGCUACUCCAGUGGCGAGGACGUCGACAGCAGCGAGACAGACAAAGAGGACCUCCUUCCGCCCCUGAAGAAACGCAGCGAGAGGAUGGAGGGCUCCGCGCUGAGUCUUCUCAUCGAGAGGAUAGAGGCUCGUCUCAACGAGCUCAGCGGUGCAGGGGAAAGAGCUGUGGAGCCGCCCGGUUUGAAGUGGUGGCAAGUCCUGCUGGACCUGGCUGGAACCUAUUCCGCGCUGGGAGUGGGACUAUAUUUCUCCAUUUGUGAGCGAGGGGAAGCCUUUGAUGGAAGUUUCCUUGACCAACUCUCCGCCGACAUGGCGCAGAAAAAGAAGAGCCAGCUACCACGAGCUUUUCGCUCCAAAAACAAACUGUUUCCCCUCCCUCAAGUUUGGUUCGUGGACUUUUCUCGGUUCGGAAAGAAAGUGUCGGUUUCGUCAGUUUUGCAUGAUUUGGAAUUUGUCAAAGCCAAUGCUGUUGCGUGCUGGGCCUCCUUAGGAGUCCUGUUUUGCAAUCAAUUGGCGAAUGAAGGGUUUGUGUUUGGGCAAGGAAAACCUACAGCCCCGCAGAGGGAUUUGUUGCGAGCUGUUGAGAUGUCGGUCCAACGUUUGAUGGACGAUGACACGACAGUGGCAUGGACAGUGGCUGACAUUGUGGAUGAUUUUGAACAUAGGACAGUGACGUAUUCGGGUGAAGAAAUUUGCAAGGCCGAACCGCUGACUUUAGCUAGGGUGCUCCCAGGGUUGCCCCCUGAAGGUCAUGGGGGUUCGGUGGACACUUUGAAGUGGGUUAGCGGACGCACUAGAUCUCUACUUCUGCGACCUGACCUGUGCUUAGUGACUGAUGUGGGGCAGGAGUUGCCGAAGCUACAAGGAAAGGUGCAUAUUGGCGAAGGUGAGCAAAAGAGCAUUGCUGUUGAACUUGUCAGGCGUGAGGAAUUGGGUCUGGAGGUAGAUGGCCAUCGGUCCUCUUUAGUGUACCUGGCCUGUAGGGUGCUCCCCAUGGGAUGGUGCUCGGCCGUUGGGGUCAUGCAAGACCUGGCUGAAACGAUUCUCCUAAAGGGGGGCUUUGAUCCCUGUGCUCAGAUCUCCAAGUCUCAUCCUCUGCCGCCGUGGGUGUUGGAGAGCUCAGAAUUGGGAAACAAGCAGGGGCGGCCUUGGUGGCAUGUGUAUCUCGAUAAUUUUGCUGCAGGCGCAAAGGUGCGAGAUGAGGAGCCCAGCGAGUUGAUUGCACUGCAGAAAGCGGCAGAAAGUCUGUGGGUGGACGCUGGUGUUGUGGUGUCCGAAGAUAAGUCAGUAGUAGCGGCUUCCUCAGGUGUUGAGUUGGGGGCCUUUCUCGGGGGAAAAGGACAGUGGAUAGGAGCCUCACCUGAGCGUCUCAUCAAGGUCCUCAAGAGCGUUAUUUGGCUGUGCGGACAACCUAAGUUGAGCAAGAAGAAAGUGCAAAUUGUCAUGGGGAGGCUGUGCUUCAUUCUGCAGUUUAGGCGGCCGGGCAUGGCUCAUUUCUCGCAUGUUUGGGAAUGGGUGUCAGGAAAGGGCUUUGGCCGCCUGGCACAGGAUAAGGUUAGGAAGGAAAUGCUGACAGGUAUUUGUGGCAGCCCGCUGUUUCACACUUGGUUGGGCAGCAAGAUCGACCCGAUGGUGACCUGCAGUGAUGCCAGCAUGAAGGGAGGAGCGGUCGCCUUCAGUGAUAGUCUCACCCAGGAAGGAAAAGGCUUUGUCUGGGCGCGGGAGCGGCAGGCGCAAGAGGUUCCCGUGGUGAUUGUUUCGCUGUUCAAUGGGAUAGGAGGAGCUCAGCGCUGUUAUGACGUGGCAGGUGUGCGAGUGGCAGGAGUGCUAGCCUGUGAUAUUCACAAGCCAGCAAAUCGCGUGACAGCAAGGCGCUGGCCCCAUACCAGAUUCUGGGAAGAUGUGCGUACCCUGACGGGUGAAGGUCUCAGAGAAGAGAUGGAACAUUUUGGUGAUUUUGGUGAACUUCAUCUGUGGGCAGGGUUUCCCUGCGUUGACGUGAGCAGUGUGCGGGCUCACCGCCAGAACCUUCAGGGCGCUUCCAGCAGCUUGAUACACGAGGCAAUUCGUGUGUUUGAUGAGCUAGCCGUGCUGUUCCCUGACACUCCGACGGAAUUCUUUGUGGAAAAUGUGGCAAGCAUGGAUGUUGAAGUGAGAGAUCAGCUGAGCUCGUGGGAGGAUCAUGGCUUUAGGUACCCCCCGUACCAGUAUCGCUCCGAAUACUUGGUAUACAGCCCUGCCAUGGACAAGACCCGGUUGCUGGAUGCCUCAGAGCGUGAAAUCUUGAUGGGUUACGGCUUUGGCCACACGUGCAUGGCAAUGUCAGCUUCGGAGGAGGAGGUCCGUGUGGUUUAUUCCCAACUCUUCAAUGUCUUAGCCUUGAAGUUCACUCCGCAUGGCAGUGAGCAUAUCCAAGCCACUGAGAUCUCGCUGAUCCAGGGACGUUUAGAGCCCAUGUGCCUUGGGCUCCGGACGGUUCCAGGUCCUUCCAGAGAUUCAGUGGGUGAUUCAUGGCCACUGGCAGCUGUAUCAGCUUAA